AUGCCUCACGCAGUUAAUAGCAAUUGGACCUCAGUAGAAAAGGACUACCAGCAACAGCUUCAGAUUGUUGAGGGUCCUGAUGAGCCAAUAAUCAGGUUUCCUCUCGUAUUGCAACCCCACGAGCCAGCCAAAGACAAGGCCGAAGUGCUCCAUGGGAUUAGCGCCAUAGCAGCCCAGUCGACCGAGACUAACGAGCAAAGUAAGCUACGCCAAUUGCUCGACGCAAAUGGUGGCGUAGUGCACUUCAAGGGGCUCCCACUCAAGACACCAGAAGAUUUUUCGGACUUUCUGGUUUCCUUGGCUGGCAAAGGUGAUCAUGCUUGGAAGCCCCAUACUGACGUGGGUAUGGAAGUGUUGCGUCGACCUCGCGCUAAGCAUGUCCUCACCACCAACGAGGGACCACCAUCUCAUUUCAUCGGCUGGCACAAUGAGUAUGCCGUGUCACCCGUUCACCCGGGUUACCUGAUUCUUUUCUGUGAAGUUCCAGCGCAGUCUGGAGGCCAGACGUCGGUGGUAAGCUCUUUGGCCCUGUAUGACCGACUCAAGAAAGAAGUACCCGAAUUUGUCGAAGGUUGCACUUCCAAAGGUCUCGUCUACCAGACCCCGCACACUGCUAAGCAAGUAGGCGGCAUCGUUGGAGGCAACGGACUAUACAAAGCAUCCGCCUUCGGGCCUACAGAUGGCUCACCCCCUGCAGACACCGAGGAGGAGAGGAGGAAGGCUGUUGAGAGCCGCGUCAUUGAGCUCGCUGAACGCGGGGGAUGGUAUGCUGGUAUUGACAAGACGGAUGAGAGUAUACCUGCUUGGCAGCGCCGAGGGUUUUCCUGGAACUGGCAGGAUAACGGAGACCUUGAGGUUAUUCACCGAGUUCCUGGCGUCCGGUUGUACCCGACUCAGCACAUACCUACCAUUUUCAAUGCAAUGUCGACCCGCUACACCAACGCCAAGGUAAACAACACCUGGGAGCCCCCUUUUACUUUCAAAAACGCGGAUGGCACAGAGGGCAUCGCCGUGCCCCCUCAUUUCAGCGGCAUUGAAAAAGAUACUAUCAUUCCAAAAGAAUGGCUGGAGAGAAUGGACUAUUACCAGCAUAAACUAACAGCUGACAUCAAGUGGGACGUUGGUGAUGUUCUAGUUAUUGAUAACUAUGCCGCUCAGCAUGCCCGAUGGGCUUGGGAGGGUGAACGCAAGGUUUUGGCAAGCUUCUGGGAUCAGCCGGGAAUUAGCGCUCAGCCUGUACCCUCAGUCUGA